AUGUCGCUGUCUCGAAAAGUCAGCCCCUCGUCGAGAGUUGAAGAUGAUAAAAACAUUAGAAAGAAGUCAGUCAUCAAGAAUUUUUUGGGUUCAAACAAGGGGAGACUAUUCGGCAGUAACACAUGCAUAACUGAUAUUUCGUGCUGCGUCCACCUAUUAGAUGAUACUUGUAUGUCAGUUUCACUAUCAAAUAAAGCAUUCGGUAGAUGUUUACUCGAAGUUGUAUGUGAACGCCUCGGUGUUUUAUCACAUAUUUCCUACUUUGGACUGCGCUACUGUGAUAAUAAUAGUAUCAAUCAAUGGCUCAAUUUAAAUGACAAAGUUUAUAAACAGCUUAAAGAUGUCAAAAAUUCUACUCUGUGCUUUCGAUUCAUUUACUAUCCGAAUAAUCCGUUGAAGUGCUUUCCUAAUGAAACCAUUAGACAUUUAAUUUAUCUCCAACUGAGACGAGAUUUCUAUGCUGGUCGACUACGAGCUCAAGCAUCAAAGACUUAUGAAUUGGCAGCUUAUGCUAUACAAGCUGAGCAUGGUUUAACAGAAAUACCCCAAGGAUUCAAUGUGGAUACUAUUCCUGGUGGUAUGCGUGUUCUGCCUUGUUUAACAACAGCCAUUAUCAGAGGAAUUAAGGCACAUCUGAAAACAUGCAUCUGCAUGUCAAAAACUGAAGCUCUAGAGAAAUUUAUUGAAGAGGCAUCAAAGAUUGAAACAUAUGGAAUGGAACCAUUUCAAGUGCAAGACCAGAGACAAAAUGGAUUAUGCAUUGGAUUCAAUUACAAGGGUAUUUCAAUAUUCAAAGAUGGUUUCAGUACCAAUGUUUUUGAAUGGGCAUUUAUUAAAAACAUUUAUCCAGCUAAAAAGAAUCUGGUAAUGAUUGUCAGCAAUGGACAGUCUGAAGAAAAGGAUCUAGUUCUUGGCUUCAAGUGUAAAUCAUGUUCUGAGGCAAAAACUCUUUGUAUGCGUGCACUCAACUGUAAAACAUUUAAAGAAAUGCAAAUAGAAGAAAUGUCUUUUAUUGCUCAAUCUUUUAGAACAUCAAGUAUUUUAAAUUAUAGACCAUCUGUGCUUAUAAAUCAAGAUUCCUUUAGCGAUUCUUCUGACAGUUUACAAUCUCAUUCACCUAAAAAUAAGAUUGAUUCAAACACAGACAUCCAAUUAGAAAUAACAUCUCCACCACCAACAACAACUACCAGUGAUUGUCCUGAGACUUCAACAGGCUCAGAAACCAGUGAAAGUACAGCUUGGCCAGUCAGUUAUGAAGCGUUCAAUGAAAACAGACGAGUUAGUGACGGCUUAGACAAUCCACCAAAGACACCUAAUCUAGACGAACCUAGACACAGUUUAACUAUGUCAUAUUUAAAUCCUCCAGCCAAACCAACACAAAGAGUGAGUCCUCGAGGUAGUUUUGGUGGUAGUAUGGAGUUGCCAACUCCAAGUGAAAGUAAACCACAGGUUGCUGAUCUUUUCUGGAAUCCUAAAAGUGCUCAUCACUUAGUUAAUGGAUCUUCAAUCAAUGUGAACAAAGAAAAUAGUAAAUAA